GCCCCGCGGCCAAAGAAGCGGAGCCUCCCAGGCCAGGGAGCUCUUGGAGCAGCGGCGCUGCCUCUUGCGGCGGCGAUUCGCCAGAGGAGACAUCGACGGCUGCGGCAGAGAGUUCCAUGGCGAAUGGUGCGACUUGCUGCUUCUGGGGAGGACGGCGAAGAAGAGCAAAACCCGAUCAAGUCUGCCAUUGCCUUCAUCUCAGGAGUCGUAGGCUGGCUUAUGGGGAUGCUGAACGAAGAGACUCAAAGCACCACCGAGACGAGGUCUAGCGAGGGCGAGGAGGGCGGUGCUUCCUUGGUGCAGCAGCUCGGGCGAACUCCGAUUGAUGCACAGAAGGGCCUUCCGAUCUACUCGCUGGGGCCCUUUCCCAGGUGUACAGAAGCUUCAGACUUGCGCAGCAGAGCAAGGCACGUCACAGUCAUCACUACGGCGGCGCUGCCGUGGACGACUGGGCCGUCCAUAAAUCCACUACUACGAAGCCUUCACCUCGCCAGGAACGGGCAUGGAGUCAUCUUCGUCAUGCCAUGGGUGCGCCUGAAGGAGGAGCAGGCAAUCCUUUUCCCAGAGGGAGUCUCUUUCCGCAGCGUUGAAGAACAGGAAAGAUACGUGGCCAAAUGGUGCAGGGACCGCGCCGGGAUGGACCCCGACAAGCUGCCCAUCACGUUUCGAUGGUACGAA